CUUCUUUGCACGCUUUGACGCGAGAGACGGCGCUUGGGAGCGAAGAUGGCAGCGCUGGCAGAGCCUCUGGGCUUGGAGAGGGAUGUGGCCCGAGCCGUGGAAUUGCUGGAGCGGCUGCAGCGCAGCGGGGAGGUGCCCCCCCAGAAACUGCAAGCACUCCAGAGGGUCUUGCAGAGUAAAUUUUGCUCUGCCAUACGCGAGGUCUAUGAGCAGCUAUAUGACACACUGGAUAUUACCGGAAGUCCUGAAAUCCGAGCUCAUGCCACAGCUAAGGCAACGGUGGCUGCCUUUGCGGCAAGCGAGGGUCAUGCACACCCACGGGUGGUGGAGCUCCCCAAGACAGAUGAAGGCCUGGGCUUCAACAUCAUGGGGGGGAAGGAGCAGAACUCUCCCAUCUAUAUUUCCCGCAUCAUCCCAGGGGGUGUGGCUGACCGUCAUGGUGGGCUCAAGCGUGGAGAUCAGUUGCUGUCUGUCAACGGCGUGAGCGUGGAAGGUGAGCAGCAUGAGCGAGCGGUGGAGCUUCUGAAAGCAGCACAGGGCACUGUGAAGCUGGUUGUGCGCUAUACGCCCAAAGUCCUCGAAGAAAUGGAGGCACGGUUUGAAAAGAUGCGAACAGCCCGGCGUCGGCAGCAACACAACAGCUAUUCAUCCUUGGAAUCACGAGGAUAGUUUGCAUCAUUAUCUUGUAUUUGGGGGCCUGCCUGUUACUCAUCCAGCCUCCCCCCUCCCCUCCUUCCCAUGAUGGUUUAAUCUGUAUAGCAGGAGACAUAUUUAUUGGCCUUCCUCCCCUUUGGUGGGAGGUGGGCUUCUAUGUACAGUAUUUAUUCACCAUAGCCCUCUUAUUUAAAGAUGUUCUGUGUGAGUGACUGUGUUUGUGCAAAUCUAUAUUAAAUGCCCUUUGUGAACUGGGAGAUUACUGCCGCCUCCCCCCCCCCCCCCCCGCAACUA